AAAAAUAGGGAUCAGCGCAUUGAGCUAUAAAAAAAACGGAUCAGCGCCAUGUCUGAUUCUCCAGUAGUGGAAUAGAGAACGGGACACCUAAACCAUUUAAUUCCAGGGUCGGGGAUCCCGUUCGGUCUCGAGGAUGUCCGGGAGCGCAGGGAUUCAGCAGGGCUCCCCGGCCAUCGGUGCAGCGGGAUCGGCGCCUGCGGCUCCGGGAGCCGGGGGAACCGAGGGUUCGGGCGCCACGGUAGGAUCGGCACGAAUCGCGGUGAAGAAGGCGCAGCUCCGCUCCUCCCCGCGCCCGAAGAAACUGGAGAAGCUCGGAGUUUAUUCAUCUUGCAAGGCUGAGGGGGCCUGUAAGUGUAACAGCUGGAAGAGCCAGAACCCCCCUCCCACACCACCCCGUACAGACCAGCAGCCCAACACUUUCAACCUUCAGGACCCCUGCCGUAGCUGCUCUCAUACACUGGGUGACCAUGUGACCCACCUGGAGAACGUUUCAGAGGAGGAGAUGAACAGGCUUCUGGGCAUUGCUCUGGACGUGGAGUACCUGAACACAUGUGUCCACAAAGAGGAGGAUGCUGACACCAAACAAGUCUACUUCUCCCUCUUCAAGCUAUUGAGGAAAUGCAUCCUUCAGAUGGGCAGACCUGUGGUGGAGGCACAGGAGAGUCCUCCCUUUGAGAAACCUAGCAUUGAACAGGGGGUGAAUAACUUUGUCCAGUACAAGUUCAGCCAUCUUCCCUCCAAGGAGCGUCAGACCAUCGUGGAGCUGGCCAAGAUGUUCCUCAACCAGAUCAACUACUGGCAGCUGGAGACGCCCUCACAGAGGCGACAGCGGGCGCCUGCUGAUGAUGCGGCUGGGUACAAAGUCAACUACACCAGAUGGCUGUGCUACUGCAACGUCCCUCAAUUCUGUGACAGUCUACCGCGGUACGAGACGACCCAAAUCUUCGGUCGGACCCUUCUGCGCUCCGUCUUCACUGUAAUGAGGAAACAGCUGCUAGAGCAGGCCAGGCAGGAGAAGGAUAAGUUACCCCCGGAGAAACGCACUCUCAUCCUCACACACUUCCCCAAAUUUCUGUCCAUGCUGGAGGAGGAGGUGUACAGUCACAGCUCUCCCAUCUGGAGUGAAGAAUUCCUGGCUGGAUGCUCAGGAGGACCGAUCCCCAUCCAUACAGUGAUCAGUGCGCCCCCAGUGGCCAGGCCUCUAUACUACAACUCCAGCCCAGUAUCUGUGGACCCAUCCAGCUGUGGCAGUGUCAGUCCUGCCAGGAAGACCGCCUCUGUUCUGGAACCCAGCCCAGGUGGGCAGAAGCGGAAGCCGUCGGAGCCCCUCCCCCAUGAGGAGACUAAGAAGCUCAGGAUUGUCGGGGACAUUCCCAUGGAACUCAUCAACGAAGUCAUGGCAACCAUCACCGACCCCGCCUCCAUGCUGGGACCAGAGACCAGUCUACUGUCGGCCCACUCAGCCCGUGAUGAGGCGGCACGCCUGGAGGAGAGGAGGGGGGUGAUAGAGUUCCAUGUCAUCGGGAACUCCCUCAACCAGAAGCCCAACAAGAGGAUCCUCAUGUGGCUGGUGGGCCUCCAGAAUGUCUUCUCUCACCAGCUGCCUCGCAUGCCCAAAGAGUAUAUCACACGCCUCGUCUUUGACCCAAAGCACAAGACUCUGUCGCUGAUCAAAGAUGGCCGUGUGAUCGGAGGCAUCUGCUUCCGGAUGUUCCCCUCGCAGAGCUUCACAGAGAUCGUAUUCUGUGCAGUCACCUCCAACGAGCAGGUCAAGGGAUACGGCACUCACCUGAUGAACCAUCUGAAGGAGUACCACAUCAAGCACGACAUCCUCAACUUCCUCACUUACGCAGACGAGUAUGCCAUUGGCUACUUCAAAAAGCAGGGCUUCUCUAAAGACAUCAAGGUUCCCAAGGCCAAGUAUCUGGGCUACAUCAAAGACUAUGAGGGAGCGACACUGAUGGGCUGUGAGCUCAACCCCAGCAUCCCUUACACGGAGUUCUCUGUCAUUAUCAAGAAGCAGAAAGAGAUCAUAAAGAAACUGAUAGAGAGGAAGCAAGCUCAGAUCAGAAAGGUCUACCCAGGACUUUCCUGUUUUAAGGAAGGAGUUCGACAGAUUCCCAUCGAGAGCAUUCCUGGAAUACGAGAAACUGGAUGGAAACCGGUGGGCAAAGGGAAAGAGCUGAAGGAUCCAGAUCAGCUGUACAGCACCCUGAAGACCAUCCUACAACAUGUUAAGAGUCACCAGAAUGCCUGGCCGUUCAUGGAACCAGUGAAGAAGACUGAGGCUCCUGGUUACUACCAAGUCAUCCGCUUCCCCAUGGACCUGAAGACGAUGUCUGAGCGUCUGAAGAGCAGGUACUACACCACGCGGAAGCUCUUCAUGGCCGACAUGCAGCGCAUCUUCACUAACUGUCGCGAGUACAACCCCCCAGAGAGCCAGUACUACAAGUGUGCCAACCUGUUAGAGAAGUUCUUCUACACCAAGAUCAAGGAGGCAGGUCUCAUUGAGAAGUGAAGAGAUGGGAGGGGCUUCAAGGGUGAGGGAGCAAUGGCUUAGGUCUAAUGAUUUUUAAAUGUUUUUGUUUUUAUUUACUUAUUCUUUAUUUUUCUACUGCGUUCAACCAGAAAAAAAAGAGAUAGCUAUAUAUCCACUAGGAAGAAUGAUUUUGGGUUAAUCAGUAUACUAUCCCUCGCCCCACUCAGGAAAACAGAAGUCCUAGAUAGAAACUCCCAUCUGUUCAGCUAACACAACCCUCCAUCUGUUCAGCUGACCCAACCCUCCAUCUGUUCAGCUAACACAACCCUCCAUCUGUUCAGCUGACCCAACCCUCCAUCUGUUCAACUAACACAACCCUCCAUCUGUUCAGCUAACCUAACCCUCCAUCUGUUCAACUAACACAACCCUCCAUCUGUUCAGCUAACCUAACCCUCCAUCUGUUCAGCUAACCUAACCCUCCAUCUGUUCAGCUAACCUAACCCUCCAUCUGUUCAGCUAACCUAUCCCUCCAUCUGUUCAGCUAACCUAACCCUCCAUCUGUUCAGCUAACCUAACUUAACCCUCCAUCUGUUCAGCUAACCUAACUUAACCCUCCAUCUGUUCAGCUAACCUAACUUAACCCUCCAUUUGUUCAGCUAACCUAACCCUCCAUCUGAUCAGCUAACCUAACUUAACCCUCCAUCUGUUCAGCUAACCUAACCCUCCAUCUGUUCAGCUAACCUAACCCUCCAUCUGUUCAGCUAACCUAACCCUCCAUCUGUUCAGCUAACCUAACUUAACCCUCCAUCUGUUCAGCUAACACAACCCUCCAUCUGUUCAGCUAACACAACCCUCCAUCUGUUCAGCUAACACAACCCUCCAUCUGUUCAGCUAACACAACCCUCCAUCUGUUCAGUUAACCUAACCCUCCAUCUGUUCAGCUAACCUAACCCUCCACCUGUUCAGCUAACCUAACCCUCCAUCUGUUCAGCUAACCCAACCCUCCAUCUGUUCAGCUGUCCCAACCCUCCAUCUGUUCAGCUGACCCAACCCUCCAUCUGUUUAGCUGACCCAACCCUCCAUCUGUUCAGCUGACCCAACCCUCCAUCUGUUCAGCUGACCUAACCCUCCAUCUGUUCAGCUGACCCAACCCUCCAUCUGUUCAGCUGACCCAACCCUCCAUCUGUUCAGCUGACCCAACCCUCCUUCUGUUCAGCUAACCCAACCUUCCAUCUGUUCAGCUAACCUAACCCUCCAUCUGUUCAGCUAACCUAACCCUCCAUCUGUUCAGCUAACCUAACCCUCCAUCUGUUCAGCUGACCUAACCCUCCAUCUGUUCAGCUGACCUAACCCUCCAUCUGUUCAGCUGACCCAACCCUCCAUCUGUUCAGCUGACCCAACCCUCCAUCUGUUCAGCUGACCCAACCCUCCAUCUGUUCAGCUGACCCAACCCUCCAUCUGUUCAGCUGACCCAACCCACAUGUAAGACGUCACAUCUGUGAAAAACUGGACUGUCUGAGAGAUAUGGGGAGGGAUAGUCAGUCAGUUACUCAGCCAUUCAGUCUCUGUCUCCAUGUGGUGUUACUGGGUCGUAAUGGUAUAGGGUGAAAAAAAAACCUAGACGCCGAUUUUGGGUCAGUUUUGCACUUUCCCCACUAAUGGUAAAGGGUUAGGAUUAGGGGAGGGGAAGCUGAUCCUAGAUCUGUACCUAGGGGAAACCUCUACCUGGAACCAUAGUAAUCUGACUUGUUUCAUUUGUAUGUGCGUGUUACGCGUGACUUCAGAUGAGGUCUGUCCCAGAAUUUUUGAGGGCAAAAUUUGUAUGUAUGUUACUAGAGUUCAUCCUGCCAAAAAAGGAAAAUUAUAUUUUAAAUCUGUCUGUAUGAAUUUUAACAGUUGUAAACCUCUUGAAUUAUUUGCUGUAUAUUUUUCCUGGUUUUUAAACUGAAAGGAGGGGAAGAAGCCCUUCAUGCUGGUCCAUGUAAAAAGUCCCAUAGGGCAAAAGGUGACCAUGGAAAUGCACUUAUUUAUUUUUUCAAGCAACUAUUCAGCAUCACAUGGUGAGAGCUUUUUUGUUUUCCAUUGAGAUGUUCUGUCUUUUGAGAAAAGCACUAUGAAAUAAUGGCUAAUUUUAACUAUGUAGAGUUUCUCCUUAUUUAUGUGCUGUAAUUUUUAAGGAAUAAUGCUUAAUAAAAUAAUUUAUUCUGUCUUAUUUCUGUCUAGACGAUUGAUAUCUUUCUACUUUGAAGAUAAAAUAAAAAGAUUGUGCAAUA